AAGGCCAUUUAAAGUACCCAAAAAAAUUAAGAUUGUUAAAUGUAUUAGUCAUAAAACCUUCUCUACUGUUUGCUGAUUCUUACCAAACAAAUGUUCAAAGUUAGUCUCUAUGUUCACAUAGCCUAGUCCCCAUGCUUAUCCUACCCUCACAACAAAUUUGUGGACUUCCAUGAUCUUCUCCUUAUUGUCAGCCCCGUCGCUGGCCCAGGGUAACUGGGGCGACCGCCCUGGGCCCCCAAAAAAAAAGCCCAUGUUGCUGAAAUGAAGGACUGAAGUUUGAAGGCCCUAAAUAAAAAAAUAAAAAAAAAAAAAAAAACUUUAAAGAAGCGUUUAUUUCUUUCCCCUGACUUUCAAAUGCAAAUCCCUAAAAUCAUAAAUUAAGAUAUUCAAAGAAACGAUUUCUUUCCUAAUAUUCAGACAAUCUCCUCAACUUCUUUCCCCUAAUUUUCGGCCAUAAUAUUCUCUUUCCAAAGUAAUUUGAUUUCUCCAACAAAAACGUUUAAUCUUCAAUCUAAUCCCCAAGAUGUAUUUGUAUACAAUUUUCAAUUUCAGUCAGAUGAAUUGGGGUUGUUUCGAGAUUCAAUUGAAGAGGAAAACGAUCAAAAACGCUGUUUUCGAGUUGAAGAACAAUCAGAAGUUGGGGAAAAAAAUUGGGAAAAAAAUUCAAUUAAUUGGUUGAGUUUGGUUCCUUGGUGAAACAAUGGCUUCCGACUUCCGAGUUUCAGAUUAAUUGGUUGAUUUUCAACGAAUUUCAGAUUUGAGAUAUUAUUUGGAGUGCAAUUGUUCAAAUUGAGGCAUUGAGCAGAAUUUGGUGUUAAAUCUUCAAUUAUCAGGUGUUUUUGCUCUUUUUUAUACUUUUAUUAAUUUUCAUUAUUUCAUAUAAUGUUGCCUAGAAGAUAUUUAUCUGGUAAUGAAGUUGAAGUUACUAAAGAACUAUUUGAGAUCGUCAAUGUCACAAGAAAGGUUGAAUGGUCUAGCUACUUUAUGUAUUGAGAAAAAUAUGUUAGAACAUAUUGAUGUAGAAACGAUUAUUAGUGACUUUGCGUCCAGAAAUGCUCGUAGAAAUAUUUUCAUGUGAAUGUUUAGACUUUGAUUUCAAUCGUAAUAAAAUGUCUUUUUUUUAUCUUUUUUUUUUGCAUACCCAAAAAUUUCAAAAUUUUUUGGUACAUGUGAAAUAGGGCCCCAAUUUAUAUCUUUGCCCCGGGCCACUGAAAUCUCAGAAACGGGGCUGUUUAUUGUUCAGGUUUCUUAGGUCUAAUAAGUUUUUCGUUUGCUUAAAAAUAGAAAAGUGAAAAUUGUUAUUGCCUUAAUGUGGGUUGUGCUUAUCAUUCCUUAUCAAAUCAUGUGAAGAUCAUAUACCCAAAUUGUGUGACUUGUGAAGUGCCUAAAAUGUUGAAUAUUAUUUUGAUCGUAAGAUUUAUAAUUUUGAGGGCGAAAAAAUCUAAUCUUUCAAGACGAUUACAUGUAAUAUUGACAUUGUUUUUCUUCAAUUUCUUAAAUACAAAUUAACCAAAUUUCCUUGGGGCUUGUUUGUGAUCGUAUGUUGUUUUAAGUUUUCAAAAAAAAAAUAAAUCAAAAAUAGAAAACAAGAAAAAGUUGUUUCUACUUUUUUGUUUCCAAUUUUUCAAAUUAUCAUGAUUUUAUUAAGUUUGAACAAGUUUUGAUUCAUUAUUUGACAUACUCGUAUAAAGUGAUACCAAACGGAUCCUUACAUCUCCAUUGUCUCCUUUCAACCUUUUCUCGUCAUUCACUUCUUCCAAAAAACUAAUGAGUAAUGAAUCAAUUUGACAUGAAAGCAAAACCAAUGUUCAAAAAUACUUUCCUCGUUAACACUUAAAACACAAUUCAACAAGAAUCAUAAUAAAUUGCUCGAAUUAAAGCACAAACUACAUUCAAAAAGAGAAUGUAAAUAAGCAAAAGCAAAAAAGGAUUAAUUGGGUUAACACACUAUUUUCAAAUUAAAUUCACUUAAAAGUAAACCCAAUUAAUAAAUUCAAAUUAAAUUCACAUCAAAGCAAAUCCAAUUAAUCUUAUUCCCUAAAUUAAUUGGGUUUACUCACUACUCAAUUAGCCAAGAAAAAAGCACAAAAAAAAAACUAAAACCCCAGAAAAACUUAAAAACCCAAUUGGCAAUACCUCUUUAGGGUGAGUAGUGUAAGGGUGACUAGCACAUCUUGCAGCAUCCAACGCUUCAUCGAGGUCGAUACGAGUAGAGACGUCUCGGCUAAUGCGGUCACUGAUGACAAGACCAGCACUUUCGACACCCAUCUAGAGUUACCUACUGCAAUUUCUAUAUGAAUGUGUAUUUGAGGGUUGUAGGUAGUUUUAACAUACUAUCUAUUUUCUAUAUUUGUCAUAAUCUAAACUAUAUGCGCUCACUUAUCUACUCUAAAGCUUGCUAAAGUUUCUUGAACUAAAAUGUCUAACAGUAGUAGCUUGUUUGAUCAACUCCAUUGUCUUUUCCCCUAACACAUUACCGUAGUACUAGACAGGUUGAUUGACUGGAAUUUGAAGCAAUAGCUACCACCUAUUCCAGAUUGCACCAACAACUUUCCUGACAAGAAUCCGGGUUCUAAAAUGGACUCUGAAAGUGAUUUUCUUUGAAUAAGAUAUGCUACUGCACCAACAUGAAUAAGUUUCAUGAAAACUCCGAAACCCUAUUCGAAGAAAGGCACGAAUUCUGGGUUUUCAAUUCGACUCCGUUGAAGCUCAACUGGACUUCUGGGCGAAAUCGAACCCGAAGAGGCUCGAAGAGGUCCAACUCGAAUUCUGGGCGGAACUCAAGUCAACGAGGUCCCAACUCGAAUUGUUGGUGUAUCCAGGUUCUUUCUGAUUCAAUAUUUAAUUCGAUGCUAGGGUUGCAGUCCCAAUUCGGAUUUGUACCAACAAAGGUAAAAAUGAUUAUGGAAAUGUCAACGGGGAAUGGUAAGCGUAAGUGUACAAUGGCUAUGAAGGUUGGGGCUGAAGAUGAAGAGGGGUAUGGGCUCAGUAACAAGAGUAAUGUAUGUGAGCAGAAGACCAUGCCUUUGUAUCCAGAAUUGUUUAAGGAUGACGGAUUAAGCUAUGGAGGGGCCGUCAAAGGUAGGGCGGAGGUGAUGGCUGAACAUUCAAAGGCCAGAAGUCGGCCUCCUAACAUGGGUUGCCGCAUCGAGUCAUUUGGGCGCAUAUGUCAGAAAUUUGAUGACAGGCGAAGACGUUGGGUUUGUGAGAUGGGAUUUGGCAGUCUUUUACAUCUUGCUUUAGAUAUGCAUUUACCAAGGCAAUUGGCAUACUGGGUCAUGACACGGAUGGAUCCAAUCAGUAAAAUGCUUAGGAGUCCCAACGGACUUGAGUUUCGGUUUUCAAAGAAUCAGGUUCGGUGGGUACUAGGGAUACCAAUGGGUUCUAUAACUGUUCCUAGUACUAAAACCAUGACCCAACAUGAUCGUGUGAAGGUUCAGAGAUUUAUUCUCAAGUAUGGUAAAUCGUGGGAGUCCAAGUCUGGUAGACAAUCUGGUCAGGUGUACACGUCUGUAGGCAUACCAUUAAGUUCAGAUUUGGUGAAUCGGUUGGAGAGGUGCUUUGAUGCUGGAGAGGAAGAGGAAUUCAACACGUUGUUCUUGAUAAUUGCUUUAGAGAUGGUGUUGUGUCCCACGUAGUCACCUCGGGUUGCGUCUGACCUACUACCUGCAUAAGCUGCGCUAUGGAGGCAAUUGAGUACGAUUGGUGUUCUUUAGUGUUGUCGAAGUUGCUGGAGAGCGUACAAAAUUUUUCUCGACAUUUCUAUGCUAAUGGGUUUGCAAGUGGAUGCGGCGGGUGUGCAAUAUUUUUCGUGAUAUUUUACUUGGAUCGGUUGGAUAGGGAUCCUAUUCAAUGGGAUGUUUUUCCAAGAGUUAAAGAGUGGACAAUGCAGCAGAUUGGGAAGGCAGCAAAAUCAGACAAAUUGCUGUCCGGCGACUACGGGAAACUAGGGUUACUGUGCUCUGUUCCAAAGAAGAGACUAAGACGGUGGUUGUUGUCGUAUUUACUGUGCUCCGAAGAAGAGACUAAUACAGUGGUUGCUGCCGUAGUUACUAUGCUCCGAAGAGACUAAGACAGCGGUUUCUGCCGGAGCUUAAAAGGAAUUUUGGUUCGUCGGUAGUUCCGUGAAUUGUUUUCCGGCAGACGUCGCUUCCUUUGUCUUAAUUGAAGUUGGGAAGUCCCAUUUCUGAUCAUUAAUUUGAACUUGGCAAGAGGAAAUAAUGCCACGGAGGAGGACCAAUGGAUCACAAAUGGUGAGUUAUUGUUUGUUGAUAUUAACGAUUUUGUGUUUGCUGGAUUUUGGUAGUACCGGUUGUGUGUUGUAGUUGAAUUAAGGUGGCAAUUAUUUUUUUUGGCUUGUGUAGGGGCGGUCUAACGGGAACGAAGCGGAGCCAAGUAAGAAAGUAGCUAGUAAAGGGAAGAAGAAACAGAAAUCAAAUCCUGUUUUUGAGGAAGAGUAUUUACAGGACUCUGAUGAA